AAAUACGAAGGGGGGCAACACUGGUAGUCUAACUUUGGUCAUCCUUUAUGCCCUAAUCUGUAGACCAUGGGCUUACAAAGUUUAUCAGCAGCUCCUGGUUCUGUGCCAGUCCCUGUGCAGACACGACAGCAUGUGGGUCUCUGGCUUUGCUGGCUAUUCAGUCACUCAGCAGUUGAAACCUUUUAGUUUAAUGAACUGGACAGUGCAUUCAGAGGAGUUUCCUGCAGUUAUUUUUCUCUCCUCUUCUAACAGGACUUCCUAACCUUCUGACUCCACUACUUUUCCACAUCUCUUAUUGCAACCCCUGCUUUCCUUAGAUAAAACCCGAAGUGCGUUCUUUCCAUACUCCUUCAGCAGAACUCCAGACACCAACCCUGAGCUCUUUCCCACCAUCUUACUUCACACCCAGCUCCCACAGACUACAAGCUCAUCUCGUGUCGUUAGCCAGUCCACCUUGUCCCCAAACCCAUGGAACAAUUGCAAACAGCUAUAGCUAGUAAUGACACCAGUUUAUCAAUAAUGUUAUGGACAGGCACUCACUGCGCUUCCAUGCACACUGGGAAGUGUCUCUGCCACCAGUGUUCACAAUCAAGUUGUGGUUUGUGCCCACAGUUUGGGAGCUUCUCCUAUCACUUUCAAGACUGUUGCUUACAGUCUAUUUCAUAGUGCUCGCUUCAUGUGAAAAUAUUGGGCUUUCCUUAAUAUGUCUGAAAAGAUAUGGCCCUGGGACAAAUGACUAUGUAUUAAGUAUCAUUCCAAUGAACAAACUGGUGAGAUAAAUGACUCCACAUCUUGGUUUGCAUUUCUUAAGAACUUGAUGCCCUGAGAGAUGCUACCUGGAAAAGUAAGAUUCCAAGGAAUACUGCCUAACUGGGACCACUGAAACCAAGAACAGAGAAGAUGUACAUUUUUGCUGGCAGUCUUCAGUUAAACUUUUCAGCAGUCUGUAACUGAGAAGUUACUUGAAUCUGGAAGUCAAUUUGUUUCCUUAAUGUUUGCAAAGUACUCCAGAAUUUCAUCUCCUGCUCCCUAGCUCUGAUUUGCACAAUGUUUUUAUUGUGAUAUAGGAACAAAUAGGGAAAAAGUGUGACUCUAAAAAGUGUGGUAUGAUCUGCAUAAAUUGUGGCCUUUGUAAGAAAAAAAAUGAAUGUAUGGCUAUUGCAUAAGAAUCACUCCAGUGAACACUGAUGAAAAGGUAAGAGGGUAAUGACUUUUGCUGUAUUACAAACUAAUUCAGACCAGGUUCUGGCCCUAGGCAAUGCACAAUUUAGUUGACUGAAAUGAAAACUCAGUUGCCUAAUGCAGGAAAAUAGAUAAUAGUCUGUUAACUUUCUUCUUCUGGAGAGGUGAAGUCCCUUUGGAUUAUACAGACACAAACCUCUCAUCUGUAUUUGGCAGCACUAUGUAAAUUAAUCCACAUCUGGCAAACACACUCAUUUUUGCUGUCUCUUCAAUGAAGACUGUGGCAGUCUGAUUCACGGACUCCAAUGUGCUGGAUCAGAAUCAGCUUUAUUCAAGCAAGCAAGCCCUUUAUAUAAGCUUUAGCCCGGAUCGGUACUUUCCCAAAGGUCAUGUUCCCAUCAUCACUCCUUCUCAUUCCGUGCUGCUACUACCUUAUCUACAUACUGCUAUUUAUUCCUCCCAAGGCUUUUGGCUCCUUAACUCUUACCUUGUCCACUCCCUUGCUGUCUGCCCCUACAUCUCCCCCUUUUUUAAAUUUCAACAGAUUAAUUGUAUCAGCUUGGUCUUCAAGUGCAAUUAACAGAGGUCUGGAAAGGUGGACACAUCAGAAUAGACCUGCACAAGGUUUACCAGGGCAUCAUUUAUAUUUUCAUCCCUAUAGAAGACCGGGUAAGAAAAAAACACAGGCACAGAAAAAACAAAGGCACAUACAAACUCAAGUAUGUCAUCUAAAGUAUUCUUUAGAGAUGGAGUUCAAGAAAGCACCUGUCUUGGUGGCUUAUUUGAAGUCUAUUUGCUCUUUUAAUUCUGCAUAGAAGGCAAUAAUACAGCAAAUAAAUCUGGAAUAACUUUAUUGUUCUGCAGUAGUUUUGUGGGUAACAAUGAAUGAAUGCCUGUACCUUCAUAUCUUCUUGUUUUCUCUGCUGUGCAGCACAGUGCACACUGCAAUAAUAUACUCAGAAUAUUUAUGGAGUCUUUCUUCCAUAUGGAUUUUUUUAGUGUCUAACAACAGAUAACCUCAUACUAUAGUCUGUCCCUUACUGAGGUUGCUAUUAUGGUCCCUCUCAUUUACAAAAGAUCUAUUUCUAUGAAACUCACAGAAGCUUCAUAUUUUUAUUAGCUAAUUUAAUUAGCUAAGUUAUCUAAUUUCAACAGAUUUGACAGGUCACAACAGAGUAGAAAAGCCACUAGGAGGAGAAAGGACUCGGAGAUCACAUGCAGCAUGAUCACAUUGCGUUAGACUAGUUUCCCGAGGAAGCCUUACCAAGUUCCACAUGCUUUCUCCUUGGUUACAGGGUAGACUCAGUACUGUGACUGGAGGGACAGUGAGUCCAAAGGUAUAGUUCUGGUCCUGAAUAUGCUUUGUUUCACAAUGAGCCUGCUAGGAAUGUUAGGAAAGCAUUUUACAGACCUAACAAAAAGAACGCUCCUGUCCCUAGAAGCUGUUUAUUAGCCUCAGUUUCUAUUUCCACUCUGAGGAUUGGAAAGAGUUUAAUUUACUCACAGAUGGGCAUGAGAAAAGACCACAGCUGCCUGUGGCUGGGAAAGCUGAGUCUAGGUGAUAGCAGCUAAGUAAUUCUCAAGGAAGUUAAGGAGAACACUAGUAUCUAACUGAAACCAGCCAGACCAGCCAAGAGAAUUAAAUUUUGGCUGCCUAAUUAUUGCUUAAAGAUUGCUUUAAAUUCUGGGAACUCCUUGAUCAUUCUGCAAAAACGAAACCAGAGGUGAAAUUUUUUUCAGAGUUAAAGCUUGUUUUGACAUAAGCUUUGAAAAGCUCAAUGAAGGUGGCAGUUGCAUCUGAAGAUGCCUGUAAUGCUGGACCAGAGCUGAACCUUUCUUUCCCAUAGCUUGUUGGGUGUUGUUUGUUACAAGUGUUCUGGUUAAGUGUGGAGUGUUUGUUUACAUUACAGUAUUUGCUACUGUUUUAUUAGCGAUGACCCAGGACAAAAUUCUUUCCUUCUCUCAGAAGGUUCGUUGUUUUCGUAAUAUUAUGUCAGGGAAAAAUUGUUCAGCAAGCUAAAUCAAAACUGAAGAAAGACAUUGUACAGAAUGAAAAAAAGCCAUGGAAAUCCUCUCAAAAUGGUUGCAACCAAGUAGUUUCAGGUCAAAAGUUCUGGUUACUUUAAAUAUUAUAGGCAUUGUCCUGUCAAUGUUUGUUCUUAAAAACAACUUGCAUUUAAUCAAAAGUUACAAUCUUCUGAGUGGCGUGAGCAGUGGAACCAGAUGAUGGAGUACUGAAAGACGCUGAAGAGGAAGCAAUGGCAAAGUAGUUUUAGAUGGAUCCUCUCUUAGUUCUUGCUGUUAAGCUGACUGCUGAAAGGACAUAAUACUAUCUAUUAGCUUUUUUUGGCCUUGAUUCAACUAACAGGUAGAUUAAGGGCCCCCUGACUGUCAGACAUGUGGAAGCUGUGGGUUAAGAUUGGACAGCUGUGGGUGUUAUCCUUGCCAAUUACCAGACUUUCUAGAAGACAGACUUCAUGCCCUCUUGAAAGCUAGACAGCCUCUGGAUUGCUGCAGUUCUGUGAUUAGUAAAUUAAGAUAACCUUACCCUUGCAGAGGCUCUACCCCAAACUUCAUGAUUCAGCAGAUGCUUUACAACCCUUUGUAGGAAACUGUUAGGUUGUCCAAUCUGUCCCCAUGGGGUAGUGUUAGGGAAAGCACCCCAGGUACCCCUGACCACAGACGUAAAUCAGAUGCAUAUAUGCUCAGAGCAACAACAGUCCUGCAGUGAUCAGGUGUACAGCUGUUCUGCAGGUCCUUCCAAACAGUCCUCAUUACAUGAUUUGUUACCCUUAUAUUCCCUUUUGCCCCUCCCAAGUUGUUGUUCUUUAUCUGCCUCAUCCCCUCCCAAGUGAACAGCCUGCCCCUAUUUACUUUUUCCCAUUUUGCUGACUUUAUACAUUCAUCUCGUAUUUGUGAAACAGUUGCUCCAGCAACUUCUACUUUGGACAGCAGUUCUAUUAAGCCAGUACACCCUCCUCCCUUUUUGUUAUCUAUGAUGUUUCUCAAUUCUGCUGUUUUUCACUGUCUUGUCUCACUAGUUACAAGUCAAGUUUAACCAUCUAUGUAUACAUUACUCCCCUUUUCCUAGCUGUAACACCUUGUACCUUCUCAUGUUGUUAUCUUGUUGGUGUAACCACAGGUCAGAGCUGGCCAUCUGCAUGACUACCUUUCAAGAAAGGUGUGGGAGUAGGGAUUAUAGGAGUAAAAUUUACAGCUGUCUGAAAAUAGUCUAUUCCCCCUAAGUUGGAGCACUUAGUGAGGGAAACUGAGAUAAAAAAUUAGCAAUGGCUAUUUUAAUCAAAAUGAAAUACUUGAUAUUAAAUAUUUAGUACUAUACCAAUUUACUAAAAACUUACUUAAUGAUUCAAUAUAAUGCUAUGGUGUCACUUGAUUUUUGGAAGAAGAUACUGCUUUGUACAGCACUACUGCAUGACUUGCCAAAAGUUCCUUGAUUGUUUUGACAAUUUGCUGUUCUCUUCUCCAGUAACUUGAAAUACAAAGGAAAACAUCUCAUAGUGGCCUUAUCUAGAAGCCAAACUUAACAAGGUAGAAGCCCUUAUAGGUAUUAAGGAUAUCUGAGUAGGUACUAAAAAUGUAUUUUUAAUUUUUUGUAUUGACAUUAAUAUAUAAAAAAGAUGAAGAUUCUUCUUAAUGCUAUUCCUUACUCCAAGCUGAAAGCUAAGACAUUGUGUUGAUGUGGUAGUCUCUGAAAUGCGUGGGGUGGUCCUAGCAGGACAUCUAAAGGCUACUUUAAAGAUACAAGUAGAAAUCCAUCUCUGCCCUGUUCUUCAGGGCAGAGAUUUAAGAAGUUAUGUAGUUCGUUUAUAACUAAAAGCACUACUUUGUUUUGGAGCUUAAUCAUCAUGGAGAUAAUCUUUUGAAUUUAAAUAGUGCUUGCUUUAUUUAAUUGGUUGUUAACGUGAGGUGCCAAUGAGGAUUCAGCUGUCUCACUAUGUGGGGCACACAAGAAGGGAAAGGGAGCUCCACAUCACCCUUUGAGAACCUGGCGUGAGACUCUCUAGGGCUGCAAAAGUGGAUUAAGAGGCUUAAUUCUACAUAACAAGAUUCAGAAGGAGUAACAGUUAUGUUGCCCUCCUGAAGGAGAAAACUUUCAAAGGGCUGAGGCACAACAGGUUAAUGAAACCGUAUUCUUAAUCAUCUUCUUCAUUCUUGCCACAAAUAUAGUUUUAAAAGCUUUGUGGAGCCAUUGUCUACAGUUAAACUAUAAUUUUAAAAGUACACAGAUGUACUAUCUACUUUGGCUGGUUCAUACUACCUCCUCUUGGCCCAAAGUCUGCAAACAAAAGGUGCAGGGGGAAGCUGACAGAAAGAUACUGUCUCAAAUAGCUCGGAGUUAAGCUCGUGUGGGGAGGUACCACGUCCCUUUGCAGGAACCCUCGACCCUGUUUCCAGUAGGAGCGCAAACUCAUCUAGUAACUUUAGUGUUCUGCACCGUGUGUAGGUGAACUCGCUUGUCUAAGUACUUUCUUAGCUGCUUCGCAGAUCACGCAAUAAUCUGCGGCAAAUGCAGGUUACGCUCGAACCUCCCGCCCUACAGACGCCGCCACCCCUCCACCGCCAUCUUGUACUGUCUUCAACGGCGAGCGCCGCCGGGGGCACCGCCCCGCCGCUAUCGCUCUCUGCUGCUAUUGGCUAGCUGCGUGCCGGACUGGCCUGCCAUUGGCUUCUGAGUCCCGCAGCGGUGCCUCGCGCGUGGCAGCCGUUGGCAGCGCGGGGGUUCUGGGGGAGGGGGAGAGGUCCGCCAUGUUACUGCAGCCGCAGUGAAAGGAGGCGGUGACUGCUCCCUGUUAGGGGUUACCGUGAUGUCGGUGAGCGCAGAUAAAGCGGGGCAAUGGAUGGUGUCCCUUUUCCCAGGGCAGAGACUGGCUGCGUUUACUGCUUGCCAGGUAUUUUAAGCACUUGAGUGCAAGCUGCUGGUGAUUUAGGAGAUACACCCUCACUGGUGAUGUGUUUGAAAAGGUACAGAACAAAAUAGAAAAUAGUGAGCUUGAGCUGGCUUUACAGAAUUGCGGCUUGGACCGUCCUUUGUUUCCAGCACCAUCCUAUAUUAAAUUAAGGACAAAAUACAUGUUUUAGUGGGGAGGGGUUACAGCGGGAGAGGCACACGGGGGAGGUGAGCAUUUUUACUGAUUUUGGACUGCUUUUGUUCGUGUCAUCACUAGUCCCAGUUACCGUUGCUGUUGAAUAUGUGUCCUCAUGGUUUUUCUUCUGGGAGUUCACUAAAACUCUGUAUAAAAUGUUCUUGCCCUGACCGCACAGGUUGCUCUGCUCCUUUUCUUGGUGGUGAGAAAAGGAGCAUCCAGGGUAUCUUGCUCUGUACCCAGUAUACACUGGAUCUCAAAUAAAAAUGCAUCUGACUAAUUCAUAUUUAAAGCUUUCUAUGGGCAGGGCUUUUUCAGUACAGUGUUUGCUCUUAUAGCUAGGUUUCAUGGUUUGUCAGGUGUUUGUAACAACACAGAGAAGAAAUAUGUUGUCAAAAUUUAUGCUUUAAGAAUUUGGUAUUGAACUCAUUCUUGUGUAUGUUUUUCUGUAUUAAAACCAUGUUACUUGGAUAUAUAUCGGUUGGAGUAGUUCAUAUUGUUGGACUGUAUUAUGGUACUUUAUGAAAGUCACUAAACAAGGACAUAAAAUUUUAAAAGGAUUGGUUUAAUAUUGAAGGCACAAGGUGUACAAGAGAUCAUUAUGAAUUUCCUAAGGUUCAACAGCAGUGAAAUUCAGACCCUCUCUGUGAGGGUAGCUUGUUCAGGUGUGAUGUCUAAUUUCACCAGAUACAUUGAUAAUUAAAGAAAGUGGGAGUUUAUUCUUUCUUCCUUACUCUAAAACAGGGUUUGCGGUGAGGUUAAUGUGUCAGUAACGUGCUUUAAUAUGGUGCCGAACGUGUGUAUUACUGGUUUAUUGUUACAGACUCUCUCAAGUGUACAGGUAGCUCAGGCAAAAAGAAGCAAUUAAUAUCUGAAACAUGUAUUAUGCUAAACUGCAUUCCAGUUUUCAGUGCACGUGUGAACACCGCAGAUGGUGGUGGCAGCUUUAUUGUUGGCCUCUAUGCAUUUAAAAUAUUUGAGGGACAUUAAUCUUGCUAUAAGAGGUUUUUAAUCUCAAGUGAGCAAUCUGAAUUGUACCUAUCCACUCCUUCCCCUCCCUGUCCAUAACCCAGAAAUAAUAUUUUUGAUAUGUCUUUGUCAGCUCUGUGAUUAGGUGGAUUGGGGGGCUUGGAAUGAGUCCAGAUAGUUGCCAAAAUAUGUAUAUUCCUUUACAGGUCUAAAAGCAGCCUUAUUUUUGAGGUGAUAAAUUAGUUAAAGAAAUAGAACUGUCCAUCUGGAGUUCUUAGAUACUGUGUUUGUAAUAUACUUGCCUGUUGUCUAUAAAAUCUCUAUUAGAUACUAUGUUUUAAAUAAGGUAUAAAUAAAUUGGAUAAAGAAUAAUAGAUUAUAAAAUGAGACUUCUGACUUUCAGACAGACCCUCAAAGCAUAAAUUGCAGUAUCAAACACCAGUUCUUUCUUCAUGCUACAGCUUAUGUCAAGUCAUGGAUUUUAAGGAAAAGAAAGUAGGAUUUAUCCAGUUUCUGGUUUACAGAGAAUCUGUCAUAACCAUUGGCACAUGAUUCUAGAUGUUGUUGGUGUGUCAGCUUAUUACUUUUGUAAUAAAAAAACCCACCUACUCUGAGGGGUGGAUUUUCUAUUUUUUUCUUACUAUUUUUUUACUUUUUCUACUACUUUCCUAUUUUUGUUUAAUGUUCUCUGAGAGAUACUAUACUAGAAUCGAAAAACAGAAAAAUAUGUUCAGAAUCACAGAAUGGUUGAUGUUGGAAGGGACCUCUGGAGAUCAUCUAGUCUAACCCCCCUGCUCAAGCAGGGUCACCUAGAGCGCAUUGCAGAGAAUCGCGUCCAGGCAGGUUUUGAAUAUCUCCAGAGAAGGAGACUCCACAACCUCUCUGGGCAACCUGUUCCAGUGCUGUCACCCUCACAGUAAAGAAGUUUUUCCUCAUAUUCAGGUGGAACUUCCCAUGUUUCAGUUUGUGCCCAUUGCCUCUUGUCCUGUUGCUGAGCACGAUUGAAAAGAGUCUGGCCCCAGAGAUCUUACUGGAAAGCAUUUGCUUUGUUCCCAGAACAAGUUAAAAGCAGAGAACAUCGGUGAGUUUUCCCCGAAGUUCUUCACCUACUAAUGAGUUUGCAGGGCUGGGGGUGGCUGGACUAAGUUCAUUAGGUGCUGAUUCAAUGGCUACUUCAUCUGCCCUGAGAGUUGCUGAAGGCAACCCGUGAAAUCUCCUUGCUUCCUCUUGCUCCCCAGUAUCGGGAAAUGUGGCCAAGAUGCCCUCUUACCUCCUAGCGUGGGAAAAGGGAGGGCUAAGUCUGGGUGAACAGGGACCUCCGUGCUGUUUGAUCUUCCGUAGGGCACCCCAGAGGAUUAAUUAUGAGCUGCUACUGUGCUUACUUGAGUUUGGAUGCUUAGUGAUCACAUACUAAGUGAUUUGCAGUAUCCUCCGCACACCGGACAGUUGCUGAGUGAUACCUAGAUAUUCCAGAUUGGGGCUAGAACAUGACACCACAUAUUUAUGUUUUGAUCUCUGUAGCUGUGGGUCAGUCUAUAGAAUUACUGUUGCCCUUUCUGUAUUCCUACUUUUUUUAUGGCAUAAAAAUGAAUUAAAUCAAAUGAGAGAGAAAUGAAGACUGGGAAAUAAGGGAGUGGGGAAAGCAGGUUUGUAAGAGACUUACCUCUGGAUGGGCAUGUUUUCAUCUGUGAUUGCAAUCUUUCAUAUAUUCCUUUCCCUUUAAGGUGUUCUAUUUUGUGUGUGGGGAUGGGGAAUGGCUCCUCUACCUCUCUGUGCAUGGAGAGCUAAUCAGCCCGUUAAAGGAAUUCAGCUCAUUAGCAGUCUAUCAAAGAGCUGAAAAACAUGUGCUCAGUUCUCUUGGUUUGGAGCUGGACAAAACAAAACAAAAACCCCCCAGAUUCUGAAUCACGCAAGUGGGGCUGUCAUGAUUGGAAAAGAUCCCACAUCCAUACUUUUCUGCUUAGAAGUAGUCAUUUGUCUGACAGGUAGGAAUGACUGAAAAGCUAUAGGAUAAGUAUUCAGAGAAAAAAUAACAUCCUGACUUUGUAGGAACAAAUGAGUGUGGGAAGGGCUGGAGAGCCUUAAUGGCUUGACUUGUUUGAAAUUCUGAAUAUUAAAGUCUUGAAUACUGUUCUGACCUCAUACUUUAUUUUCUGACAGUGAAUGCUAGUAAAUAGGAUUAAAUUUGUGUGAAUAGUAAGGAGUAGAACUACUGAUGGAGUCAAUCAUAAACAAGUUUGAUUCUUUCACACCUUCAGCAAAUGAGAAAGAGAGUGGAUUUUUUUUUAAUUCAGCUUUUUAAUGAAAAGCUUGUAACAGUGCAGAUGUACGUUUAUGUUGCUGUCAGAGUAGUCUAAGUAUCCAAGAAUUUCUAACAAGAUUUUUCAAGCAGUUUUUGCUGUCUUUUUGGGGAUUUGUGGUCCUGUAGCAUUGACUCAUUAGCUGUACCUAGGCUUGCUAAUUAUACCACUACGAACAGUAUGCUAUGUUCAUUAUAAGGGAUACCUCCCCUAAAGUAUUCCUGUUAUUCUGCAUACUUACAUUCCUUUUCUGUUCUACAGGAGAUCUGGUUAUCCGAUAGAGGAAAAGAACUACUGUGUGACAGAAUUAAUGACAUAACUUGGUUAUUUACUAAUAAUUCGAUUGAAAUUAAUAAAUUCCAUGAUGAAAAAUCCAUAACUGUUUCUCUUAUGAACAGUUUUUGAAAGGAGAUUCAAUGAAUACUUUAUUUACCAUAUUUAUCUCACGCUUAUUUGAUGCAUUUGUGCAGUUUUUCUCCUUAAGAGUUUGUUAAAAAAAAAAUUGCAUCCUAACCAGAAUAUGAUUGCUGAUUGAACAUCCCAUAUAGAUAGAACUUAUAAGAGUCCCUUUACUGCUAUAACUUAUAUAAUUGAUGGUAUGGAGUUUGUACUGGCAAAAUAAUUGUGUGUCUGUAAUUGGAAGCUUUGCUGGCUUAGGGACCCAAGUAAAAUCCGUGUAAGCAUAGGUUAAGACAAACAUUUUAUUUUUGGGGUAGUUCUUUUUUGGUCAUGAUGGUAGUAUUGAUCAUAAAAAAUAUUCUGACUUGAUGUCUGUGUUUUUUAGCUUUUUUUUUUCCCCUGUUCUUCCACCUUGGUGAAGCCAGGACUCUAAAUUACUGGUUAAAAUAUUUGUUACAAAUGAGCAUCCCACUUCAGUGAAAUGUGUACUGAAAUGCUUGUUAUUCUUCUCCUCAUUAGUGAAAAUGAUCUUGUCCUAGACCAAGUGUCAGUACAAACCAGUGAAUAGUCACAAGCUGGUUUUCCGCACAGCAAAGUACAGAUGCCAGAUGCUUAUUCUGUGUACAAGCAUAGGCUUUUAUCCAAGUUUUUAGCUCCUACUGUGGUUGCAAAAGGCUGUGCUUUUUUUUUUUUUUUUUUCCUUAGAGGAAGAGAGACAGAAUAUUACAUUAAUAUUCAAUUGUAUUAUUACUGGAGGUAUGUGCUGCAUAACUUCAGUGGGUAUUUAAUAGUACCAUUUUGUAUAAACUGUAUUAUUUUCCUUUAAAUACAUUUUGAAUAAGAAACUUGCAUGUGUAUAAGAUGUAUAUGCAUCUUAGUCUACAGAAUAAUGGACCAAAGUCAGUACUGGGACUCUGGCAGCUCUUACAGAGAAGUCAGACACAGAGAUUGCUCCUUAAGCUUUUGAAAGCCUCUUUAAUAAGAGGGGAUCUGCACAGUUCCAUGGUUUCUUAUUAAGUGUAAGCAAGGGGUUGUAUAUGUAUCAUUAAUUUAAUCCAUGGUUGUUAGUAUUUUCUUCUUGGAAAAGUGAGGUAUGGUUGCCUUUCAUGUCAUGGUGAUUUCACAACUCAUAAAACUACAUGUCUAUUAGCAGACAUUAAUAUUUAAUAAAUUCUAAUAAUCAAAUUCAAAUAAAAAUAAAAAAGCAUAUAAACAUCUUGUGUGAUGAAGUACAAGGCCAGUGAUCUCUGGAUGCAUGUGAAAAUUCGUGUCAGGUUUUCAAAGAAACAGACAUCUGAUUUCAUACAAAACUUAGAAAUGAUGAACAGAAUUUACUUUAAUAGAGCAUUUAAUAGAGCAUUUAAUAGGCAUAGGAACAGGGAAGGACGCAGAGAAGACAUCUAAUCCAUUAUUUGCUCCAGCAAGAAUCCUUCACCACUCCUGACAGAUGGUUGACUAACCUCUUAAAAUGUCCAGAAAUGAUGAUGCCAGUGCUUCACUUCCCUGACUUUCAGAUUUAUUUUUUUCCGACUUUAGCUGCAGUCUCUUUUUACUAGCACUUGUCCAGAUUGCUGUAGGUGUGAAGGGUGUUUAUUUUAUUGUUUGUAGUUACCUAAUAUGUCUUUUCUCAGUCGUCUCCAGUCUAAACUGCAACACCUUUCUUUUAAGUAGUGUGCUCUAAACGUUCACCGUUCAGAUCAGUUGAUUUAUAUAUAUAUACAAGUACAUUUUAUAUAUAUAUUUUUUUUUUUUCCUGAAUACUUACUAUUGCUGUGAUGCCAGACAUGGGUUCCUUUCUGAUCAUGAGCUCUCUCAGGGCUGAUUACCUGGUCAGUAACCAAUAGCACUAAUAAAAGUGGCAAUAAUAAUAAAAACAUUGUUACUAGCAUGUUACAACAUGUUCUAUCAUUCCAGGCUGAUGUGAUCAGGGGUAGCUUUUAGGCAACUUGAAUUAAUUUAACUAUGGUGGCAUAAGAAAUGCUGUCCUUUUUUUGUUUAUCUGACCUUCUCUUUGCGGUGGACACUGAACAGUGAGAUGCUGAGGUGGUUUUAGAUUAAAACCCACCAAGGAAAAUUAACAUGCAAGACCAGACAUAACUAUGUUGGAAUCAGGUGAGGGAUAACAAUUCUUGAUGAAUACAGUAGUCUUAUCAGAAAAAAGAAUUUAAAUAAUAGGGUUAUUCUAGUUCAUUUGAAUUUGAGCAAAUAUCUUUUUUAAAUUGUCUAUAGUGAUGCAAACAAACAAACAAUUUAUCCAAGGCUGGAUUGGAGAGUUAUCCAAUAAAUAUCAUGUGAGAAACAAUUGUUCUCUAUAUUCUUGAAGAGAAUAGCAAUUCUUGACUAGUUCAAGAAAUAAAUCAGCCUUGAUCCCAAGAAAUACCACCCAAGAGGUUAUCUUAAUUGUAACUAAGGUAACUGGAGAGCGAUUUAGAAUAAUGAGCCCAGUGAUUGAGUUUCAGGUGCUAUGACAGUAAAGAUAAACAGGAAAUUGUGCUGAAGAACAGUGUACAUAAUUUCAGAGCAUAGCAGGUCUUUUAAAGCAAAAUGUGCUAUAUUCAGUACAGGGAAGGCUACAUUUUAAAGUGUGCCUGUACAGUUACUUUGAAGUUAGUGGAGCAUACAGACGCAAGAGGAAGAAGUGGUUGAUCUUUGAACCCCACCUUGCAAAUUAGUUAGGAUAUGUUGCUUGGUGCUCUUGCAUUUUUCCAGCUUUCCUUGAAGCUGGCAACAACUGCAUGUACCAGAUCACUAAUGACGUCCUUCCCUUUAAGUGACCAACCACGAACAGCUCAACCUGACAGCACGGGCUCUUGCACAGCUCUUCGAAGCCAUGGACUGCAGUGUCCAACCCUUCUCUUUCAAUCACUUGGGCACCACUGUGAUGCCACAUGGCAGGCUUUCCGGGGGGGCUGUGCUGUGUAAACACCUGCACUGAGAGCAGUAGACAGUGUGUUCUUCACAACUGCUCAGCACUGAAAGACAUGUAAGCCGAUGCUUUCAGACAUCUGGCUGCUGAGACACUUGCCAGUCACUUUGCUCUUCCAAACUGUGUUCAUGUGAUCUAAAUUGCAGAAGAAAAAUAGAAUAGGGGUGGAUGGAAUAGAGUAAGAUAGGAUAUACAUAACAUUUACGAAAUAUUCAAUAACAUAGAAUCAAGUAUAAAAGAAACAAGCUUACAGAUCCUAUCCUGACUUGGUCUUGCCUCAGAUGCCCUGCUCCCACUGGGGACACUGUGACGCUGUCUAGAUUGAGGGCACUUCUUAGCUGGGAAAAUGGACUCCACAGGGGAUGACUGCUGUGAAAGUGGGCUCAAAAUGGCCUGAAAGAGCAAGUGGGGUGAAUCUGCUCAAACAGAAGAAGGAAGUGUAUAGAAGGUGGAAGCAGGGACAGGCCCGUAGGGCCAAAUAUUGGGACGUCGUCCAAGUAGGCAGGGAUGGGAGUAGGAAGGCUAAGGCCCGCCCGCUUGGAGUUGCAAGUGGCCAGGCAUGUGCAGGGCAGCAAGGAGGGCUUCUUGCAAUACAUCUGUAGCAAAAGGAAGGGUAGGGAAAAGGUGGGUCCCCUCUCCUGAAUGGUGCAGGGGGCCUGAUGACAAAGGAUGCCGAGAAGGCAGAGAUACUGAAUGCGGCCUUCGCUUCUGUCUUUACUGCUAAGGCCAGCCCUCAGGAAUCCCAGACCCUGGAGACCAGGGAGGAAAUCUGGAGGAAGGAAGACGUUCCCUUGGCCGAGGAGGAUCAGGUUAGAGAUUGUUUAGGCAAACUUGACGUCCACGAGUCCAUGGGCCCUGAUGGGAUGCAAGGGUGGGACGGAGCGACCUGUGUCGCACAAGACCCACCAUAUCUCGCUGCUAUCAAGAAAAACUCCAAGGACGAAACCCAGUGACCCCGUGUCCACCAGCACCCCCAGGCCUCGAGCCUCCUGUUGGCACAUGGUGCUUGGCAAGGCCCUGCUCAGCCCCUCGCAAGGCCUGCUGCACCUCCUCGGAGACACCUCAUCCCUUCUGCUGAGGGAGCCCAACACAAAGGCACUGCCACGGGCAGACCUGGAAUACAACAAUGCUUCUUGCGCCCAUGGGCUCUCCACAUGCCCUGGAGCCCCUGCCAGGUUAUGCCAGGGAAGAGGCAAUGCUGACAGAUGGGGUGUGCAUGCACGUCAUGAGACGCAGGAGCCUGUGCUGGGUGAGUCAGUGCAGAGGCAGGCGCUGACACUGCGCGGCCCCUGUGCCUGCUCUGUUGCGCCCCCUUCACACCCUUUAUGGCACCCAGUGUCAGUGGAUUGGCAAGGUCCCAUCCCAUGUUCCUCAAGAGUGAAGAUAAGGCCUUACAGAUGGGGAUCAUGGAAUCUGUAACUUUGAGGCUUGUGGACUUUUUCAGAAUUACGGAGUAUUAAUACUUAUUUUGAUCAAAGAAUUGUCUAGAAAAUCCAGGCACAGGCCAGGGCUCAGCUCGAGAAGGCGUUAUGCUCUGACUUGUGGCUGCUACUGUGGGACAAGUCACCCUGCCCUGUGCGGCACUUCACCAUGAAGCACAGCUGCGGCCAAAGGCACCUCGCUGCCUCAGCUCCUGAGCUCGUGUGGAGCAGCUUCACAGAACUGCAGCCACAGAGCUACACCUUUUGGUGCAGAAAGGGCAGUCAGGAGCAGGAAAGACCGUUUCAGAUGUUUUCAGCGCCUUGGCCUGAAGAAAGGGUUUUCUGCGUGCAGGUGACGGUGCUGGUGGAGUUCCUCAUAGACAACUGUGCCCCGGUGUUUGGGGAGGACGCGGCCUUGCCUUUCAGCCCUUUGGCCGAGGAGUGCCAUGGGCACACAAGCAGCUCCGCAGGUAGGAACAUGGACUGAGGCCUGUCACCGACCCGGGGCUGCUGCUGCCAAUGCUCGAAUUGGAGAGCGGAAGGCGUCAGUGGAAAUGCAGAGAGGUGCCGAGGGUUCAAUACAUUCUGGCAGGGUCUUGCUGCUGCAACACUUCCCAGAAGCUCCACAUGACAGCACUCUCCAAACAGAGCACAGGCCAGAUGUUCAAUGUGUGUAAACCUCCGCUCUUCACAGAGUUGCUGGCUAUGCGCUGGAAUGGCACUCUCCCAGGAUAUUGCCCUUGGUGGCACCUGUGUUUCCUUAGUACCUUUGGACUUGCAGAGGAAUUAAGGUUGCACCUUGGCAUCUGCCCAGGGUGCAGAUAGUCCCACCGGGAAAGAGACCUUUUCCCUCCAGGUGGCACCAGAAGCUACCUAACGGGCUCUUUCUUGCCACAGAACACCCAGGGCUACUCAGCAGAACGGCUCUGCCCACGAUAGUCCAGAGCCUGGAGCUGAAUGCAGCCGCUCUACGGACCUCUGAGGUGGAGCAGCCCAGAGGCAGAAGCAGCAGCGUGAGCGGGAGAUACCCAGCACGCGUCUCUGUCCCUUUGCUGCCUCACUUUACAAAUGCUGUCAGCACGAUCGAUGGGCAGGAGGCACUCGGAGCCAGACCUGUCCUUCCAGAACCGCUGGGAAGGCAGCGUGAGGCACCAGAAGCUAACCAAAAGUGCCGACAAGGUUCCUGUUCGAAAUGUCUAGAACAAGGCACUGGAGAAAGGGCUCACCAUCUUGCCUUCACCAGUUUCUUCUGGCUCUCUCCCCAAACCAUCUUCCAGGUGCUCCCUGGAGAGCUCCUUUUCCGCUCCCCGGAGCUGGGUCUUCACCAGCCCCCCAAGAGUUUCCCCCUCUCAUCCCCCAAAUCCUUUCUGCAUAGGCCCCAGUCUUUUUCCAGCAAGCCCACAGAGGACAGCAGCACACCUAGCAGAGAGAGCCAAAAGCACACCCUGGCCUUCUCUUCUGCAAACCACGGGCAAACACUAAGACCAACCCAGUGCUGGGUGCCUGGAUGCACAUGGGUUUUGCGAGAGACAGCACUCUGAAAGCUGACCGUUCUCCGUCCGCAGCAAAAGGAAGGCAGUUCUCCUGCAGAACUGUGCAGGAAAAGAGGUGCCAUGAGAUGAAGCCGUUGCCUGUGGGAUAGCAGCAGAGGCUGCCUUUCAGGUCAGCUGAGGAAGUGCAGCCAGCCAGGUGGAGCAGGGGAGUGCUGCAAGGCCACACUCUUAUGCAGAGGCUACAAAAAACUCUCUGACCACCCAAGUCAUAAAUCCAGUAAGGAAACAGUCUGGAUUCCAGUUUUCAAGAGCUAAGCCUGCUCCUCAUUUGUCAAAUAAAAACUAUAUUAAAAAAAAAAAAAACAGAAGAACUCAGCAGCAUCCUUGUAGCCUUGCAAGAAUGCCUGGAAGGGCAACAAAGGGCAAUAUGCUUGUACAUCUAGGAACGUGGACUGCAUUGGUUAGCACCUGAGUGCCUGUUUAGGGCUCAGUGUAGCCUUGAAGCAGCAGCAGGGAGACUUGUUUCACUCGCAUGGCCCCAGAGAAGAGUGGUCACCAGUGGGUGGGGAGAGAAGUUACCAAGAGGUGCUGCUGCUCCGGAGGUGGCUUCCUAGAAAAGGGGCACCAAGGCCUCACCGGUGUCAUGUUUCCUGGCUGUAGCUCUUCCCAGGACACCAAGGAAAGGGGCAGCAGAGGAGCUGGCCUGAGAGGAGCAGUGCCUGGGAGGAGGAGCAUGAGGGCAGGCUGCAACUAGACAGCAUGCCUGCCCCGUUGGCCCUGGUGAGCAGGGGCACCCUGCUCCCAAGGAAGCCAUGGGAGAGGGUCCCGUUGCAAGUUGGAAAAGACACUUGCCCUUUUCUGGCAUCUGGACAUGAUUUCAGGGUGGAUGGACUUACAAAGCGGGAGAGCUGCUGCGGUGGCACACGUUAGUCAGAUGUUCUCUGGGGUGUCUGAGCUGUCCCUCUCGUGUGGCCCCACUGAGCUGCCUGUGCCACUCUGGACACGCGCAGCAGCUUUUUGCCCCAGAAAUACUGCUAGGUGCAGAAGGAGCGGGUCUGGUGUAGAAGUUUUGGUCUCUUCCCCUUGCCACUGACAAGCUGGUGUGCAUAGGGUUAGAGUUAGACGAGAGAGAAACCCUAGAGCGCCACAGGGCUUGGGGCUACAAAGGGCAUGCCAAAGCAAGUGUGAAGCUGCACCAACAUAGCUGCCUGCACCACUUCUUUCUGUUGUCCAGGAAGGGGGCUGGUGGACUCCGGUUAAGGCCCCGCCUGAGGUUAGGGCUAGGGUUAGGGUUAGGCGAAAGAGAAAGCCUAGAGCCCCACGUUGUGUGGGGCUGCAAAGGGCAUGCCAAAGCAAGUGUGAGGCUGCACUGACGUAUCUGCCAGGACAACUUUUUUCUCUAGUCCAGGGAGGGGGCUGGUGGGCUCCGGUUCAGGCCCCGCCUGAGAUUAGGGCUAGGGUUAGGGUUAGGGUUAGGGUUAGGGUUAGGCGAGAGAUCAAGCCUAGAGCCCCACGUGUCCUGUUUCUUAAAAGGGCAUGCCAAAGCAAGCGUGAGGCUGCACUAACAUACCUGCCUGCACCACUUUGUUCUCAGGAAGGGGGCUGGUUGGGGCAGGUGUUUGGUGGUUUCACUGGCAUGGCCUCAGCUGCUGGAGCCGGGCAAUGCUUGGACAUCUUGCCCCUUUUCCCAGGGAGCAUUUGCCUUCCCCCUAGCCACCAGCGGGACACAGAAAGGCAGCUCCCAGUCUCUGAGCACAUCUUUGAGACCCUCGAUGGCAGGAACUGGCGCUGGGCACUGGCGAGCAAGGGGGCAUGGUGUGAGCCGGCAGUGGUGUCCCGGCCCCACCAGCCACGCUGCCUCACCGCCAGCGAGGAAGUUCGGAGGCGUUGGAGGUGCCGGGCUGCCGGGGAGCCUCCCCUUUCCACCCGGAGCCCCCUGAUCCAGCCACCACAUCACAAUGUGCCAUGGUGGCACCCGCUGUGAGCCCGGCCACGGCCACCAGCGUCCGUCCCCCAGUUCAGUGCUGUGCCGGUGUGUGGAGACGCAGGCUCCCAGCCUCGUGGCACUGUCUGGCACCUGGACGUUGUUUCACCUGCCUGCCUGCGCCACCAUGGGAGAGGCAAACUGCUGCAGCGGAAGGGGCAAUACCAGCCCUGCUCCCGGCACACAGCGAGAACCUGGGACGCCUCACGCCCGCCACGGGCUCUUUGGCAGGAAAGCCUCUCGGCCCCCACAGCUGCUGCGCACCUGCGUGUCGCGCAGGAGCCGUGAGCUGCACCUCAGCGACCAUGUGUAGGUGACCCGGCACGGGCGGACCAAGGAGAGGCACCUGCUGCUCUUCCCGGAUGCCAUCGCUGUUGUCAACUUCAAGUAAGAAGAGCCACCACCGCCAUGCCUCCUCCCCCCCCACCGCCACCAGCCCCCGGGCACUGAUGCGCAGCGCCUGGCAAAGUGUCUGCUGGCCUCGCUUCCCAGCAGCCACUUUGGGAACGUGGCUCCAGGGGGCUGAGGCUGCUUUCUCCUGCCCGGGGCUCGGGGCCGCCCCAAGGCUCUGCCCCUGGGCCAUGGCUCUCCCCUGGAGGACUGCUGGGGCAGGCCCCACGACACGGCAGCCUCCAAGGCACUCUCUGCUCUUGCUCCCGGCAGAUGCCGCUCCGCCUUCUGGCUGAAGCACCGCAUGCGCCUCAGCCAGCUGUGGGUGGUGUGCAGCGAGGACGAGGCAGCGAGCGAGCGGGAAGAGCAAAUGGAGGAGGAGGAGGACAAGGAGGAGGAGGAUGUAUUCAGCGUCUCCGGGCAGAAUACCCUGAGCCUCGUGUGGCCCACCCACGUCUCUGCGGUAACUUUCAUAGCUGCCUUCCAAAGAGCUUAGGCAGCAGGUAAUCGAGUUGCAGGGGGAGUGCCAGAAACAUGAAGUUCUGCGCAGAUCACCCUCUCCCCUCACCAUGGAGACAGCAGCAGGCAGAGAUGGGGCUGCGCAAGCGGGACAAGGAGAGGUGUUUGACUUUGACGUGGCAGUCAAGCCAGUGCUGGAAGUGUUGAUUGGCACCACUGUCGAUCAAGCUCUACUGGAACUCGUGGUGGAGGACGAGCUGGCUUACCGGUGGGAACAGCAGUGCGUGUAUAUUGACUGGCAGAAUACAGAGCUGGUCGAGCGCCUGGAGGAGCAGGAGAGGCGAUACAGAGAGGAGAAGAUAUUGAGAUAGAAUUCCUUCCCUGCUGGAUGGUGGAAGUGUAAGAAGUGUUGGAGAAGAGGGCUCUGGGGAGGACAGUGCUUGACUGUAACCGAAGCAAAUGAAAACCAGCUCCCAAGAGCCUGCCGUUCAUCCUUAAGAAUAAAACAAUUCCUUUGUCUUGUUUUCUUCCUGCCCCAUUGUCUUCCCUGCUGUAGUAACUCUUACUCCUCAGGUUGUGCAGCCAGCACCACUGCGCUUUUCUCCGUAGCUUUCCCAAUUGUGCCUGUGCCCUUGUUCUGGGAACAGAAAAGUCGAUGCUGUCUACAGCCACUUGUAUACCAUAGCAGCCUUUUAACUCCUUUGUACGAGCUAGCUGAGCUACAGAUUACUAUGUUCAUCCCAAACGCAAGCAGAAGUGGCUGUGCUUGGCUGAGGAGUCAGGUGACAGAUACUUUUCCUCAGAACAAGGGCUUACCUCCUCAGCGGUCAAUACUCAUGUCCUUGCUUUGGAAAUAAAUAGAUGAAAACA